AUGGAUUCGCCGGACCCUUAUGCUCACUCCCAAGGUUUUCUUAACCUUUUAACCAGCCAAGAGGAAAACAGUUUCUCUUUUCCACCAAGUUCUGAGCCUGCUUCCUCCCAACUCCCACGCUAUAGUACACAGUACUCCAACGACCCAAAUGUAACGGCUGAGACUAAAACAACCAAGAGGAAGUGGCAUCCCACUGAAGACAUUGUGUUGAUCUCGGCUUGGUUGAACACCAGCAAAGAUCCCAUUGUCGGGAAUGACCAGAAAGCAGGUGCUUUCUGGUCGCGCAUUACGGAUUGGUUCAACAACAGUCGACAGUUAGCUGCGUUUCCAGAUAGGACGGUCAGCCAUUGCAAGCAACGGUGGGGGCGUAUCAACGACCAGACAUGUAAAUUUGUUGGCUGCUAUGAAGCCGCCUUGAAAGAACAAAGCAGUGGGAUGAACGACAACGACUUGAUGAAGACUGCUCAUGAAAUCUUCCUUAACGAUCACGGCUUCAAGUUUGGGCUGGAGCAUGCGUGGAGGGAACUCAGGCACGACCAGAAGUGGUCUUCAUUGUCAGCGGUGAAAGAGUCUGAGGUCAAAAAACGUAAAAAGGGUGAUGACUGCUCACAAGCUUCUGCAACAUCGCAACAUCAGAGUUAUGAAGAAGACUCUUCUGUUGUUCGUCCACCGGGUGUGAAGGCUGCGAAGAAUGCGAGGGGUAAAAGGAGUGCACCAGAUAAAGAUGAUGGCAAAGAGGUGUCCGAUGUGGUCACCAUGUGGGAAAUUAAACAACAUGAUUUAGCUAUGAAAGAUAAGCUAUCUAAGCAGAAAUUGCUAGAUAGUUUGGUUUUAAGAACCGAUUCACUAACAGAGAAAGAAAGGUGGUUUAUAACUCGGAUUACUAAGUCCGAAUUUGGUUGUAUGUUCGAAUGUUGUAUUGGAUUGUAG